AUGUCGACGCUCUUCAUCGCUCUCCAAUGCUGCCAAUGCUCCACCAUGCAGGUGAAGCAGAAGAAGAAAUGCAGCAACAAAUGGAAUUGCGCGAUCUGCAAUCAGAAGCAAUCGGUUCGAAGAGUCUUUGCCCAGGGAUUCAUGGCCAAGGACGUUCGCAAGUUCGUUCAGGACUUCAACAUGUCGCGCAAGUCCAUCGAUGACGGAGAAUGGCCUCUCGCCGAAACCCUAGAUCCGUCGCCGGAAAUCCCCGACGGCGAAGUCAACCUUCAAAAGAAGAGGACCGAUUGGUCCGCAUACCUCGACCAAGAGGAUCAUCACACUCUCGAGGAGCCACAACAAGAUCACGAUGGAGAUGAUUGUGAGCCACUUGUUGUUACUGAGUUGCAGAAGGGUAUGUUCAAGAAACGCAGGGUGGUGGAGGAAACUACUGCAGGAAGUGACAAGUUUUUCAACAGGUCCUUUGUUCAUAAUUCUCAAGAGGAGCCACUGAUAGCAAGAAUUACAUCAUUGACAGAAAACAAUGUAAAGAGAAACAAUUAUGUUGAAAAUUGCAAACCAACAAGCAGUAAGGUAGUCUCCAAAUGGAAAGUUUACAUGACUGAAUAUAAUGACAAUGUAGAGUUUGAACUGAAGAAAAACAUGGAUGAUCAUUCAGAUCCAUGGAACAUCAACCUCUUAGAGACCAUACCAAGUGAAAAAGUAGAAGAUGAUAUUCACCCAGAUUUUAUUUGA